UGUCGUUCGUCAAAGACCAUAGAAAUCUCACUAUAUUUGAUUAAUGUCUGCUUCUCAGAAAGUUGUGAGGACAUUGUGUGUAAAGCAAAAUCUAAUCUAGAGAACGCUGUCGUGGUUCAACCAAAGGGAUUUAGAGAUUCCGCCGACACACCCCUGUCCACACACGCACACCUGUGGGCACUUCCCCCUGCGGGAAACUCGAUUCCCUUGCGGUUUUCCAUCAACGAUCAUUGUGUUUUCGGCGUCAUCGUUAAAGCCUACUUUGUGUCUUUAUCCCGUGUAUAGCUGCCAUGAAUUUAAGCUAUCUUCUUUUCAUCUUUAUUUACUCGUUUUCUGCGGACAAUCCAGCCGAAGCGCAAAGAAUUCAAGUGAAUCGACUUUCAAGCGGUGUGGACGAAUUUGAAGUCUUGAACGAUGAUGGGAAAGGUCUCUGUACGGAGUCAAAGACAGUAGAGGAAUUUUGCGUCGAACGUGGUGCGAUCAGCGUUCAGAAUACUAUAUCAUGUUUGGAUUUUAAAGAGAAAGUUCAUUGCCGUUGUAUUUCUUCAAAACCAACAUUUCUACGGCAGAAGGGAAAAUGCGUGAACAACAGGAAUGUCACGCGGCAUUUUCACAGAUGGUCGAACUCAGUUUGCAAGUUUCAUCUGGGCGUUGAAAAUGGUCAUCAUCCUCCCAGCUGCCACGAGUCGUUCAUCUCAACGUUAUCAACCAACAUCUCUAACGCCGGAAGCUAUUCAUUAUGUACAAAGGAACCCACUCAAGAGCUCUCCAGUUGUAAAGUUAACCCCAGGAUCUUGUCGUACAGUAAGGCCGGACGAUGGAGGGAACUGUGGAGAUUGAAUCCAAGAGGAGAUUUAGCAAGUAUUGAGGACAAUGCGUUAUCUUUGGAAAACAUUUUUGAUAUGCUGAUCUCUAAUGUCUCAAGAUACAGCGGGCUCAUUCUGUCAUUUCAAGCCACUUGCCUCGCCACGUCGAGCCUGGAUGUUAGAUUGAGAGGGUUUCCUCCUCCUGAACAAGUCAGCUCCUGCGUACUCUUCAAAGUUGGCGGUUCGCGCAUAUGGUCGCUGCAACCACAUCAAACAAACUUAACUCCGUCGAAAGAAAUCACGAGAAACUUAACUAUUACGAUAAUCCAAUUAGCAACAACACAGCAAAGUCAUAUAAGUCAGUCGUCAGUUACAGACCUCGUCACGGCGGAAGCUGAGCUGAACUCGGUCAAUGAUUCACCGAAUCUGCGGUAUAUGAUCUUGUUAUGCGCUGGGGUCACCAGCCUUCUCGUAGUUCUUCUGUGUCUGACUGGAUUUGUACUCUACGGCAGAUCGAAUCACCGAAGGAAAUGGCAUAGAUCAAGAAAAAGCGUAGCAAAUCCCACGUAUGAACGGGGUCACGAUAGGGGCCUCGUUUUGGUGCAAGUGUCAACCCUUAGCCCCUCAAGACCCCCCUCAGUCACUGUUGUGUCUCCUUAUGCAACUGUCUAUCAACCUGGCUACAACUUAUACGAAAGCUUGCGUAGCGUCAAGAAUAAUCCAGGGCCAAGACGGUAUUCCUACUCCAUAUACCAGAAUUUAGUCAGUGCUCGAAAUGCAACUUCGCAUCAAGAAGACUUUAUGACGACAAGAAGAAUAUCAUUCCCGUCAUCAAAUGACAGUAAGUCUUCUGCAGCGCCUUCAAAUGCGCCAUGUGAUUAUGCAACCGUGCGGGAAAAGAUGCAGAAAGAGCCUGAGGAGAAAUGUUCUCGCGACGAGACAAAAACAGCGGAUUUGACAGUUACGUGUCCGUCACUUCCGUCUCCGUCGCUACAAAGGAAAGAAAUGGCCAAUGCGACCGAGAUAACUGCAUGUUCUUCAUCAAUGUUGUCGUUAUCGUCGUUACAAUUUUAUGACGGGGAGGACCAAAAAGUUCACGGUACAGAUUCACUUCAUAAAGGUGACUCUUAUGUUGAAGAUCAAGGAGGUGAACUCGAUAUCAUUGAAAAAAAUGAAAACAUGCUCCUCGAGUCUGAUACUCCUCAUGAAGACAUACAUGACGACUCGUCUGAAGGCAGACUCAGCGGUUUAGAGUUUGUCGUGGAUUCUGACUGUGGCGACAGCGACAGCGCAUUCGGAGAAGCCAUCGAUGAAACAGAGAAUCAAUCACCUUUUUACUACGUGCUGGAAGAAUCCGAAAAGACGCAGGAGAAAAAACUAUAUCCAUCUGUUUCUCUCGUUUAAAGAUGGCUUCUUGACGAUUAUUUGACUUUAAAAACAAUGGUGUUUUUCUGGUAAUGCGAAACACUUUAGAGCUUUGCUGGUCAGCAUUUUUUUCGCGGUAUAUUUUAAUUUAUUUCUUUAGAUAUGUCAGGCUUUUUAGGAGAAUACAGUCAAUUUGUGCUUUGUAUAGUAUCUCGCUCUAACAAUUUUCGAAUAUUCAUUGGUUUCAGUUGAUACAAGAAACUGGUUAAUUGAGUACAGUGAGGUACCAACCAAACGUGUCUUGUAACUAGUCACCACCUUGGGGUGGAGAGGGAGAAGCUUUAGGUAUUCAUACCCUCCUUACCACUACCCCCACAUAGACGGUUUCACAAAUUGAAAAAGACCUAUGAGAACGCUUGUUGAUCGAAUGUAGCCGAGAAAAAACUGGUGCCGUGUUGUAUAUUAUUUUUAGGAGUCAUGUGUAACGAUCAUUCUGACAAUAGAAAGUUCUACAAAUAAAUCUUCAGCAAA